AUGCGUCGCGUCAAGAAAUCCCGUAAUGGCUGUGCUAGGUGCAAGAGCAAACGGGUCAAAUGUGGAGAAGAAAGACCUCACUGCAGUCGAUGCACCCGCUUAGGAGUUCACUGCCCUGGAUACGUUCAGUCGCUACGAUGGGUAACCAAAUACCCAGACCGCAACCCUGAUACAGCCCAUGAGACUUCCGAUGAAACUACAGCUGAGCCGAGCGCUCGAUCCGAUGCUAGACCUCCGGAUAACUCAGGUUCCCCGGAUCAUUCGAGCACGCUGGCACUGGGCGGCCCGCACGCUUUAUGCGAUAGUCUCUGGGAUUUACAACAGUCCGGUACACUUCCCGAGCUCGCAGAUUUAUGCAAUCAGACUCCGACUUCUGCCUCGGGGCCAACUCCAGCGCCUCAAGACGGCUCGAUCUUCAAUUUCGGGUCGCCCAACCACGGCGACGAUCCAUUUGGUCUAUCCUCCUUAGCAGCGCCCAUACUGCAGGAUGAACCUCGCAGCUUCUCCGGGUUCUCACCAUCCACCAUCGUACGCCAUUAUCCACCUCCCAACUCGAAAGUACCGCAACGAGACUUCACCUCGAUCUCACAACCUCUAAAUAACCCAUCAUGGACCCUCAUCGAAUACUAUUUCAAAGAAGUGGCGGCAUUAUUCUCGAGCUAUGACAGCCAAAUGAACCCCUUCCGAUCAACAGUGUCUCGGCUCUGGGGCUCAUCCCUCGCUAUGUGUCGGACUAUGCAGAGCAUGGCAGCGGCCACCCUCGUGAACGACUUCCCCGAGUUCGGACCGUUGGGCCGAAAGAUGCGCAACGAGGCCGUCGACAUCAUCAGCAAAGAGUCGAAUCUGGACGACAAGUCCCUGCUAGCACUUCUCAUGCUGGGCCAAACGGCAAGCUGGCACGAUUCCAAAGAUCUUGGCAUCUCGUUCUUCAAUCUACUACGGAACCAUCUCGAUACAAGACCCGAGAAGAGCCCAACAACAGGCCGCGGCAACAACCAUCAAUUCUUCGAAGAGGCCUUGAUCUACUGGGAAAUGCUCCUGUCCUUCGUCGCCGACGAUUCCGCGGUCCUGUGCGGGACCACGGCCGCGGGGCCUGAGGAAUCCCUCGUCCUACAGCGCGUGCCUCACCCGUGGACGGGGAUUGCGCGUGACACCCAAUUCACCGUCCAAGAGGUGGGGCGGCUGGUGCGCCGCGAGAGAAAGCGGAUGCGCUGUCGCACCUUCACGUCCCACGCCGACGUCGCACAGGCGCAGCAGGCCAUCGAGCGAGCAGAGGAACUCGAAGAACGACUGUUGGGACUCGCGCACCCCGCGGAGGCUGAGAUCAUCAGUCCCGGCGACGACGAGACCCCCGUGUGGCAUCUCCUCACCAUGGCCGAGGUCUACCGCUGCACCGGGUUGAUGCAGCUAUACCGCGUCUUUCCCGAUCUGCUGCGUCGACGACUGCCCCCCGCCGCCGCCACGGCACCGCCGGGGCCGCCCCCGUUUGAACCCAUCCCCGCGCCUGCGUCGGCCUCCCAAUACGACACCUGGCUGACCGAACUCGCCCUCACCACCCUCUCGCGCCUGAAGACCAUCCCGCUCGAAUCCCGCACCCGGUGCCUGCAGCCGUUCCUCCUGGUCGCCUCGAGCAGCGAGCUCCGGCUCCCUCGGCUUCCACCCCUAGAAACCAACCUCGACAGCAACGGUCCGAAUAUCUCUGCCCACGCCAUCGAUGUCUCCCAGACACGCCGGUUCAUUCUCGGCCGUCUCACCUCCUUCAUGCAUGUCCUACCCCCGAAGCCCAUCGGCGUCUGUCUGGAACUGGUACGCGAGGUGUGGCGGCGGAUGGACGCCGGCGAACCGGAGGUGUAUUGGAUGGACGUCAUGAUGGAAAAGGGGUGGGAGACGACCAUGGGCUGA